GAAAUUUCAGCUUGAGACCAGUUUUUGCUUCCAAAAGGGGCAGGCUUUUGCUGUGUUUGACAAACAAAAUGCUCCGGAUUCCCUGCCUAAAGUGCCUAUACAGACGUGCUCUCCUUGAUGCCUGUCCCUCUAUUCUUCAUCUCUCACUCUCUCUAUCUAACUCAUUGCUUUCUUUGUGUUCCUCAUUACCUACCCUAUAGAUACAAUUCGAAGUUGUCUUUUUCUCUAGUGUAGUCAAAAUCCUGUACCAAACCACAUUUGUCACUGUUUCAAAGAGGUUUUUUUAUUUUUUAUUGGUCAAAGAGUGGCUAUUUAUUAUGUACUGUUAGUGUUUUUUGGCUGCCUUCAUUUGUUUCGCAUUUGCCAUUCAAAGUUUGAAUUUUUUUUGAAAGUGGGUUCAUGCUUAAGGUUUUGAACUGGAAGUGGGUUUUGUCAGUUUUGUGUUAUAGUCUCAGCUACAGGAUUAUAAGAGGAAGUUCAGUGUAAAGAAACACCAGGCUGAGAAAUUAUUGUCUUCCAUCUUCUCUAUCAUGGGGACAAUGACGACAUCUUCCACACUGCCAGUCCCUCAUGAAGCAUCUAAUUUCGAUGAGGUUUCCAUGCAGCAGAGUUUGAUUUUCGCAGAUAGUCUGAAGCAUAUGUUUGUUCAGGACCUGAAAAAUCUAAGAACACAGUUAUACUCAGCAGCAGAGUAUUUUGAACUAUCAUACACCAAUGAUGACCAAAACCAGAUUGUAGUAGAAACAUUAAAAGAUUAUACGAUUAAAGCUCUGGUGAAUACUGUGGACCAUUUGGGUUCUAUUACAUAUAAGGUUAAUGAUCUCUUGGAUGAGAAGGUUGAUGAAGUUUCUGGAACGGAGCUCCGUGUAUCUUCCAUUGAGCAGAGAUUACGGACCUGCCAAGAGUUUAUCAAUCACGAGGGCAUUACCCAACAGUCACUGGUGAUAAAUACUCCUAAGUAUCACAAGCGAUACAUCUUGCCAGUUGGGGAGACCAUGAGUGGUGCCAACCGUACUAAAUCAAAAUACCAGGGCCGCAGCCUGGAUGAUGAAGAUGACUGGCAUCAAUUUAGGAAUGCUGUUCGAGCCACAAUUAGAGAAACCCCACCAUCUACAGUCAGUAGAGGGCAUUCCCCCUCACCUUCUCCACGACCUCCCCAGCGAUCUGCAAUUUUUUCCUUUACUGCAACCAUGCCCAAAAAAGAAUUAGACAAGAGAACAGUUUCACCAUAUCGGUUUCCACUUUUACGAUCCGGAUCUCUUUCAAGUAGGUCAGUAACCCCGAGCUCAACUCGGCCCACUACCCCUAACUCAAGUAGGCCGACCACUCCAAAUCCUAAUCCAAGACGACGGUACCCUUCAGAGCCUCGAAAAUCGGCUUCAAUGCGAUUACCAGCUGAAAGAGAAAAUGUCAAAGAUGUUGAACAAUACCCUAGCAAAAGUAAACGUCUCCUGAAAGCCUUGCUUAGCCGACGCAAGUCAAAGAAAGAUGACAUGCUAUACACUUACUUGGAUGAAUACUGAAACAAAUAGAAUACAAUGGGUUGAGAAAGAGGCCAUGGGAGCAAUGCUAUGUCUGUAGACUUUUGCUUUCAGUUUUUCCCUUUUGUUUUGUACUUUAUAUAGUAUUUUCUCUUUUAUUUACACCCCCCCCCCCCCCCCCCCCCCCCCCCCCCUCUCAUUGAAACAUUCAAGUAAUUCAUUGAUAAUGUGAUGUACCAUUCUGAGUAAUCUUGCAGUAAUGUACUUUGUCUUCAAUAUUAUACAUAACAUUUCUUUUGUUGAAUAUGUAUAACAUCGAGCAGUAAUGAGAAGUGAGAACUACAUAUUUUAAGAAA